AUGACGAGACGACUGCUCCUCUUGUUGUGGACUUUGCUGCUGCUGGACCCCGCUCUCCAAAGCAGAGUGCGGGUCAGUCCAGACCAGUCACAGUUCUUCAGAGGGGAGAGGCUGAACCUCCGAUGUGUCGCCUCAACCUGGAAAGUGUGGAAAAUGGGUGCAGGCCCCGGGACGCGCUGUGGCGAUAAGUGGGGCGCACAGAGUGGCCCCCACUGUGUUCUCAAAAAUCUAGACGUAAAGGACAGCGGUCAGUACAGGUGUCAGUCCAAGGAUAAUGAAACCUCUGAAACCUCCUCCAUCACUGUCACAGACAAGGUCGUGAUCCUCCAGAUGACCACUCUCCCAGUGACUUCAGGACAAAAGGUCGAUUUGAUUUGUCAACAUUACAUUGCCUUCAAUCUUUCCACUCGUUUCUAUAGAAACACAGUGGCCCUGUCAGGGGGGUCUGCAGGGACGCUGACACUCCAGCGGGUGGCGCUGUCUGACACAGGCCAGUACCAGUGUGAGAUGGGAGGAGUGCGGGCCAAGGGAAUUGACACUGUCACAACAGAGGAUAUGGAGCUGCCGUGA